AUGGAAAAGUGUUCGUGGUUACAGGUGCAGCAUGCCGUCCUCCUCCCAUCUCUAGAGCAACAAUAUGCUUUUGUAACCCGUGUUAACGUAUCAACAGGUGGAGGUCGUGGAUUAGGACUCUGCAUGGCUGAAGGUCUCGUGGAGGCUGGCGGCAAGGUGCAUUGUCUCGAUCGGUUACCGGAACCCCCUCAAGCAUUCCAAGAGGCUCAGGGCCGUCUCAAGAGCAACAUCGGUGCGAGUCUGCAGUACCAUAGGGUGGACGUUACAGACGAGCAGGCGAUGCGGAAGUGCAUCGGCGGUAUUGCGUCGGAGCACCAACGGCUCGAUGGUCUCAUUGCAGCUGCCGGCAUCCAGCAAGUCACACCCGCGCUCGAUUUCAAGAAGGAAGACAUCGCAAAGAUGCUCGAUGUCAACUACACUGGCGUGUUCCUAGCAGCUCGAGAAUGCGCCCGUCAGAUGAUGGAAUACAAGAUCCAAGGCUCGAUCUGCCUGGUCGCAAGCAUGAGUGGUACCAUUGCCAACCGAGGCUUCAUCGCGCCCGUUUACAACUCAUCCAAGGCGGCGGUGGUGCAGCUGGCACGGAACUUGGCCAUGGAGUGGGGAAGGAAGAAUCCAGAUGGCUCAGGCGGUAUCCGAGUAAACUCUCUGAGUCCGGGUCAUAUCGUUACACCGAUGGUGCAAGCCAACUUCGACAAGGGCGAGGCCAGCCGCGAGGAAUGGGAGAACAACAGCAUGUUGGGCAGGCUCAGCACUCCUGAGGAGUACAAGGCUGCGGGACUGUUCAUGUUGAGCAAGGCCAGCAGCUACAUGACUGGGCACGAUCUGAAGCUGGAUGGCGGUACUACCGCUUGGUAA